AUGGUUUUCGAUCCACUUUCUGUGACGUCAUUCACAAUAAAUUCGCGGUCCGACUCCGUGACGACCGUUACAGAGGGCGCACCUGUUAGUCUGACUUGUGACGUGAGAAGUGACCCGGUAUCAAGUGUCCAAUUAACGAAGGGAUCACAGAAGUUGUGUGACCCGCGCCAGUCAGGAGCUGAGUGCAACUGGACAGCUGGGUGCCUGGAUUCCAGGGAGUACACGUGCACUGCAGACAAUGGCAUACAGCCGUCCGUCAGCAGGACUCUAAACAUGGUCGUCAGAUGUUCGCCGCGAUUGGAUUAUCAAUAUGUCAGUCAAGCACGCACCCUUCUGGCGCAUGUCAACGACAACGUAACGCUACGCGUGUUUACGAUAGCCAAUCCGCGGCCGAAAUUCAAGUGGACGAAGUUGCAUAAUAACGUAGAACACCGCCUUGCGUCGAGCGCGCCCACGACAUCAACGACCUCGACAGCAGUGGGCGAAUACACCCUCGUGAACGUCAACGACAGCGGCACCUACAAAGUCUACGUGCACAACGGCGUAGGGUCUGCUCUGGUGGUGAACUUCACGGUGUCGGUGAUGGAGCAAGGUUCGCCGCGAUUGGAUUAUCAAUAUGUCAGUCAAGCACGCACCCUUCUGGCGCAUGUCAACGACAACGUAACGCUACGCGUGUUUACGAUAGCCAAUCCGCGGCCGAAAUUCAAGUGGACGAAGUUGCAUAAUAACGUAGAACACCGCCUUGCGUCGAGCGCGCCCACGACAUCAACGACCUCGACAGCAGUGGGCGAAUACACCCUCGUGAACGUCAACGACAGCGGCACCUACAAAGUCUCCGUGCACAACGGCGUAGGGUCUGCUCUGGUGGUGAACUUCACGGUGUCGGUGAUGGAGCAAGAUACGAAUAUUGAAGAAAAACAGACACCCUUGGACUACGACGGCGUGGCUAUAUUUGAAUCAUCCACGAUGUAUUGGGUCAUUCCAUCUACUUUUGCCUUCGUCAUUUGCGCCGCCAUUGUUGUUGUCAUGUAUCGACGUUUACGUAACAAUAAAGAAAUUAAUACCGACCAAAGCAACUCGGGACACGAAUACAGCGAACCCUACGAGAUGGAUUCUCUCCAUCGUCCGGCUCCAGCCGUGGGUAUCAGCCAGCCAGCUCACGUCUACGAUCACCUCGGGUCACGACAGAGGUCAGACUACCGGUCUCUGGACAGGCUAACUCGUGUCGGAAAUCAAACAGAUGGCGAGGACACCAAUCCGACCAGGAUGCCAAUCUCUUGUGGAGAUACCAGACGGAAGCCAAGCUAUCGGGCGCUAGUUCAUGGUCAAGAUGCCAGCCGAAGGUCGUGGAAGUCAUCUUGGCUCCCAAAUGUUGCUGAAUACGAGAGGAAUUCGGUUCAGGUGCCAUUUCUUGAAGAAAAUGUCGGAUGGAAUACAAGGAAUCCAUCUUGGGUGUUAUUUCGUGAGGAAGAUGUCAGGCCAAUGCCAUGGAAUCCAGCUAGGAUGUAACCGCUUGAUGACAAUACCAGCUAACGUGGAAGGGACCCUUUGUAACGAGAACCAGUGUAAACACCGGAAGAGGCAGGCUUCGUUCACUUGGACCGUUUGUGAAAGAAUCACAAAGAUUGGCUUUCCCCGACCACAUGGGUAUUCAAUGAUGUGUGUACAAGACAUACAUAGAGAAGAAACCGGUGAUGUACAGCAUAUCAAAGAGAUAAGGAAUAACCAGACACUAAUAGCAUGUAAUAAAACAAGAUACAGAACAAUGAUUAUAAUGUUCACUAACGCCAAUCACUGUGUCAUUGGUAACAAAAAUACGUCCAUAGAUCCUAGAGAUCACUACAUACUAACUAAAGUAGCCCUCAACAAACAUAUUCGUUCAAAUACAUUUAAUUUCUAUGGUUCACGUGAAUAUUUACUGCUGUAUUGUUUAGAUAUAAUUAAUCAAAUGGAUUUUAAAAAAGAAGACGUGAUAUUUUUUUGAGACCCGAACUCCACAGAAUAUCACGUCAUCUUAUUCAAAGUUUAUUUGAUUAAUUAUAUCACUAUUGUUUUUACAGUUAAUUUAUUCAAAAAUAUAUUCUUUUCUUACACACCUCUUGGUGAGAACAUCAAUCGUUAUUUUGAUAACACAUACUUGUUUACACAUGUACGUGUGUUAACAAUUUCAAGACAUACGGCUGGCUUAUCCUAGGUGAUGACCAUAGUCUGGGGGCUGAGGGGAGUCCUGUGUGCAAUCAUAUGUCCCCUCAUUUUGACUCUUGAUCCUAGUAGGAAAUCCCAAGGAGAGUAAAACAAAAACGUGGGUGGACAUCGCAGAUCAUGGGCAGAAGGGUUUAAAUUCAAGAUAGCGUCCAAGAUGGCCGCCAUAUCAUUAAAUCAGGUAUAACUUGACAAGGAAUUGAGCUAGAUGGAUAAUUUUGGUGUCUUUACCUAGGUUUUCAGGGUCAAGGAAUCCAAUUAAACCAUUUUUAACCCAAGACAUUAUGACAUAAUGGCGAAAUCCAAUAUGGCUGCCAAUACGACCGCCACAUCAUUGUUCCCUUGUAACUUUUCACAUGUUACACCGAAAUUGAUAAUUUGUGUGUCUUUACUUGGGUUUUCAGGAACAAGGAAUCUAUUGAGACAAUUCCUAAUCCCAAAACAUUAUUACAAGAUGGAAAAAUCCAAUAUGGCUGCCAAUAUUGCAUCCGUGUCAUUGUUCUCUUUUUGUAACUUUUCACAAACUUAGGCUAAAUUGAUAAUUUUCGUGUCUUUACCUAGGUGUUUUGGGUCAAGGAUCCAUUGAGACCAUUUCUAAUCCCAGUACAUUAUCACAAGAUGGCAGAAUCCAAUAUGGCUGCCAAUAUGGCCGCCGCAUCAUUGUUUCUUUGUAAAGUUUCACAUGUUACACCGAAAUUGUUAAUGUUUGUGUCUUUACUUAGUUUUUGAAAAACAAGGACUCCGUUGAGACCAUUCCUAAUCCCAAGACAUUAUUACAAGAUGGCAAAAUCCAAUAUGGCUGCCAAUAUGGCAGCCGCAUCAUUGUUCUCUUUUCUAAUCUAAUCUAAGUUGAUAAUUUUUGUGUUUUUACCUAGGUUUUGUGGGUCAAGGAAUCCACUGAGACCAUUCCUAAUCUCAAGACAUUAUUAUAAGGUGGCGAAAUCCCCUAUAACAGUAUUAAGCAUGUUGUCCUAGACAUUUGUCAAAAUGUCGCAGGUUAACCAGCAUGCAGAAAUCCAGAAUCGCACAAUAAGAUCAUAGAAGCCGCAAACAUUCGAAAGGACAUUGUUUCAGAGAGACUAGAAAGGCUUGAUCACGAUCAGUUCGUGUAUCAACCUUUCGAAUUUUCCCGACUUCUAUGAUCUUCUGCGAUUCUGGAUUUCUGCAUAUUGGUUCACCUGUGACUUUUUGACAAAUGAUGCACUAAUUCACAUCAAAGUCCCCACGAAAUUCAGACCGCUGCCUCUUCAGUGGAAUCCCACAAAGAUUUUCGGAAUCCUGUAAAAAAAAAAGGAGAGUGUUAUACAGGCCUUGAAAUUGCGAGCUGUUACCAACAUAAAUGAGUCAUAUGGGAAGGUUAUAUAUAAGUGUAAAAGUUCUGCAACUGAACACACAGCUUCCACGGCCUACACUCUACAGCCCUCAGUGCAGUACAUACAGGAUCAGUUCAACCAGUGUCUAGGUUAACAUGUUUGAUAGUGUUAUAGGGGCCUACUUGUAUUUACCAUUGGGAUUAGGAAUGGUCUCAAUGGAUUCCUUGUUCUUGAAAAACUACGUAUCGACACAAAAAUAAUGUGAAGUUACAAGGGAACAAUGACGCGGCGGUUAUAUCGGCAGCCAUAUUGGAUUUUCCAUCUUGUAAUAAUGCCUUGGGAUUAGGAAUGGUCUCAAUGGAUUCCUUGAUCCAAAAGUCCUAGGUAAAGAAACAAGAAUUAUCAAUUUAGCCUAAGUAUGUGAAAAUUUACAAACAGAGAAUAAUGACGCGGCUGCCAUCUUGGCAACCAUAUUGGAUUUUGCCAUUUUGUAAUAAUGUCUUGGGAAUAGGAAUGGUCUUAAUGGAUUCCUUGUUCCUGAAAACCUAAGUAAAGACACACAAAUUAUCAAUUUUGGUGUAACAUGUGAAAAGUUACAAGGGAACAAUGAUGUGGUGGCCAUAUUGGCAACCAUAUUGGAUUUCGACAUUAUGUAAUAAUGCAUUGGGGUUAAAAAUGGUUUAAUUGGAUUCCUUGACCAUGAACACCUAGGUAAAGACACCAACAUUAUCCAUCUAA